AUGCAGCAGGUGCUCACCAGGUGCUCGCCAGGUGCUCACCAGGUGCUCGCCAGGUGCUCGCCAGGUGCUCGCCAGGUGCUCACCAGGUGCUCAUCAGGUGCUCACUCCCGAGCUCACCGCGCUGCUCCAAUGGGCGUGCUGCUUACCACCAAGUGGAAGGGGUGCCUGGGGCAGGUGGGGGAGCGGGAGGGAGUGGUGACAGUGAAUGGUGUGCAACGAUGGGGAGCCAAGUGUAUGGUGCUGGCGCCUGAUGCGGAGGUGCCUGAGAGAGGUGGUCUUGAGAUAGCCCUCACAUCCACCCCAUCAGAAGCUGCCGCAUGCAGCAUUCAAAGUUCCACGUAUCCCUUUGCAACCAGCCUCACCACCAUCACCUACCCCACCCCCUCCUCUGUCGUCUCCCCAGGUGGCCUUGACGCUGCCCCUAUCCCAACACAUCACCACUCAUCCCAACACUUGCAGGUAGCACACGGUGGGUGCAGGUCCAGGUUGCUAGAGGCUGAAGUGGGGCGUUGGCGUCUGCAGGUGAAGGUGGGGGGCGAGGAACUGCUUAAGGGGAAGUCCUGUGACCAGGUGGAUGGGGGAAGGCUGGGACGGAAGAGUGGUGCUGACUUAGGUGGCAGAAGGGAGGCAGCAGCACCAGGCGGAAUCUGGAGGGGAUGUGAGUGGGGAGGGGAGUAA